UGGAGUUUCGUGAGAGUUCUCUAAGGUAGAAUGGGUGCCAACAAUCAAUAAAGGUUGGGAAACACUACGAACGGACAGAAUUGUCAAGUGAACGUUUACCGCCACGUUAUGACAUUGGUGUUUCUGAAAUUCGGGGGUCAGUCAAGGGUCGCCAUCCAGCAGCUUCUCAACGCAUCACAUUCGGGUUGCUCGUCUUCCUGCCACCAGGAGGCGGCAGACGUAUUAACAGGAAACGCAGAAGAAGAAAGACGGAAGUUUAGUCCAUGUCAAUGGGAAAACAAACAAGGUGUGAAGAGUUAACGUGACCACGCAUGGUAGGUUGUCUGAGUCCACCAUGCCGUAUCUGGGUAGCGAGGACGUCGUGAGGGACCUGAGGAGAGCUCUGUCCAACCCCCACGUCCAGUCUGACCAGCUGCGUUACAGGAACGCCACUCUACAAGUCAUCAGACUGAUGUCACAGGGUGUAGACGUAUCCAGCCUGUUCAGUGAGAUGGUCAAAGCAUGUGCCACAGUAGACAUUGUCCAGAAGAAACUGGUCUAUGUCUUCUUGUGCUCCUAUGCUUCCAUGAAUCCUGAGUUGUCUCUGCUGGUCAUCAACACACUGAGGAAGGACUGCCAGGAUCCAAACCCGAUGGUCCGCAGCCUGGCCUUAAGGAACAUGACCAACCUGAGGUUGCCCAGUUUGGUGGAAUAUGUGGAACAGCCUCUCACAGCAGGACUGAGGGACAGAGCGGCUUGUGUGCGACGGGUUGCUGUGCUAGGCUGGGCCAAACUGAACAAUCUCCAACCGAAUUCUGGAAUGGAUGCUAUGGUGGUGAAUGAGCUGUACAGCCUUCUCAGGGACCCAGAUCCUGUAGUGAUGGUGAAUUGCCUUCGAGCUCUCGAGGAGAUCCUUAAGGAGGAAGGAGGGGUUGCUAUCAACAAACCCAUUGCUCAUCACCUCCUCAACAGGCUGAAGGAAUGUGAUGUAUGGGGUCAGGGCGAGGUGCUUAAGAUCCUCCAGCGCUACCAACCUCAGUCCGAGGAUGAGCUCUUUGACAUCCUCUCCCUGCUGGACGCCUCCUUGGUCAGCCCACACUUGCCAGUCAUGGCCUCCACGCUGAGCCUCUUCCUGAGCUUGUGCUCAGCCUUGCCUGCAGUCAGCCUGGCGGCCCUGGAACGAGUACGGGUUCCCCUGCUGGCCGCCUGUGGGAGUGCUUCCAGAGAGAUCAGGUUCACUGUGCUCUGCCACAUCCAGUUGCUGCUGCGGUCUGUCCCUGGCCUGAUGGGGGCACACUACAAACGUUUCUUCUGUGGCUAUGCUGAGCCUGCCUAUAUCAAGCAGAGGAAGAUGCAGGUGCUGGUAGAGCUGGUAAAUGAUGAUAAUGUUGCAAUGUUACUGGAUGAACUGAAAGAAUACUGCACUGAUGUCAACACAGACACUUCCCAUGCUGCAAUAUCAGCUAUUGGUCGUAUUGGGUGGAGCUACAGCGACAGAUCUCUAGUGAUUCUCACUGGACUGCUGCGGCUUAAACAAGAGAGCAUCACGUCAGCUGUGGUGCAGACAAUGCAGGACUUAAUCUGGGUGUGUCCUCAGUGCAGCGAAACUGUGUGUUCUGCUCUGGAGGGGUGUGAGGAGAUAUUGCAGGACAGCCAGGGCAAGCAGGCCUUGCUCUGGUUGCUGGGAACAUAUGGCGAUAGAAUUUGCAGUGCGCCCUACACGCUGGAGGUGUUCAUUGACAGAGUAAGGUGUGAAACCUGUCUGGCAGUCAAAAUGGAGCUACUAACUGCCACCUUGAGGUUGUUUUUGUGCCGUCCCGCUGAGACUCAGGACAUGCUCGGAAGACUGCUGCAUUACAGCAUAGACGAACAGACAAACAUGUGCGUACGAGAUCAGGCACUUCUUUACUACCGCCUUUUGAAAUGUGGAGUUGACGAGACACGCCAGGUGCUCCAGGGUCGGAGGUCAGACCCCUCCCUUGGUGUUCUUAUUGGCCGUCCCGCAGAGCCUGUGAGUCAGUGGGCUCACAUCUUCAACACACUCAAGCCUCUCUGGCAGAGCGCCUCAGAGACAGAAUCAGUAAACAGCAGAAGCUUUCAACACACAGCAUUUGACCCCAGCCCUGAACUCUCAGACACCCUGAACUCUUGUCAAUUUGAAAGUGUUCAUACAGAGAGUGGCAGUGAGCACACACAAUCGUCUGCAGACGCCCUGUCAACCAGCACUAUCGUCCCUCUCAGCUUGCUUCCGACUUUAACUCCAGGAGAGUUUGAGCGUCUGUGGCUCCAAGGUGCUGAGCAUGCUGACGAAGAGGAGAAUGGUGUUUGUAUGACAGAACAUGUCCAGUGUCGCAGUGUCACUCAGUCUUCGCCACAAAGCUUUCAGGCUGCAAUGCAGCUGGUGAACAUCCAGACACUGGCCUUUACGCCACCUCACGUAUUCCCCUGGAGGGUCUACUUGUACACGCACACUGAAGCACCUCCCUGCAGCACACUCAUACUGGGAGAGUUACUUUAUACUAGAAAGGGAAAUGAGGAGGAAGGUACACAGGACGGCACCAGAGAUGGCGAGAAUGCAAAUAAAACAGUGGUGGGAGGACAAACAGAGGGACAGGUAAAUCAUGAAGACGCAUUAGGAAGGAGGAACAGCAGUGAGUUGGCGACGGACAAUGGACAAAUAGCAGAAGUAAAAGUGACUCUAAAGCAACAACCAAGAGACGACAAAGCUCUGAGGGGUUGUCUGGCCAUACUCACCACUGUACUGCAUACACUGUCUCCAGAGAGAGAAUGAAUGUGCAGCACAGUGGAUGAGAGGUUGGCACAACACAAAGGUUGAGUGUACAUUUUGUUGCUUUCUGUGUGGAUUUUGCAUGUUCUUCCUGUGCUUGUGUGGGUUCUCCAGGUACCGCGUCUUCCUCCCUAAACAUUUACUGUAUGAAAUGUUAAUUGAAGACUCUUGUAGCUGUGGGUGGUUGUCGGUCUCUGUGUCUGUCCUGCGAUUGACUUGUGAUCAUGUCAAAGAUGUGCCCCACCGGUCAUCCUCUAGUCAACUGCAAUAGCUUGUUGAUUACAUUUGCCCAGCUAUAACUAUAAAACUUCCAGCCAUCCAUCCCUUUUCCAUAGCGCUUGUCCUCUUGAAGCCCAUCGAGGCUGGCUUUAGCUAAGUGUCGGGUUACACACCGGACUGGUCAGCUAAUCAUAGGGCCCAACUAUUCACACUUACAUUCACACCUAUGGACGCUUUAGAGCAAACUUGUCAAACUCAAGGCCAGAUGCGGUCCACCACAUCAUUUUAUGUGGACCGCGAAAGCAAAUCAUGCUUGUCAACUUGCGUGAUUUUUUUGUUAAAAUCUGUACCCAAAUUCCAAAUUGUCAUCAUAAUAAACAAUAAUGUUGAGAUAUUGCAUUUUUCUGUUACCAAACAACUUCUUCUACAGUAACUUAAACAAUCUAUUAUCCUUGUCUUCUGAUUUCAAAACUAGUUAUCCCUCAAUUUGUUGUGUAAUGGUAAUAAUAUGAAUUGGUGAUUAAACAUUUAUAUGGUAUCACUGUUUUAAUUGCCCCUCUGAGGUAAAUCAGAACUACAUUGCGGCCCGACACAAAAAUGAGUUUGACACCCCUGCUUUAGAGUCUUAAGUGGAUCUAACAUGCAUAUUUUUGGAAUGGUGGAUGAAGCCAAAGUAAACACGGAAAAGCCAUGCAACCACAGAAAGAACAUGCAAACUCCACACAGGAAUGCUGGAGCCAAGAUUCAAAUGCAGGACCUCAGAGCUGUAUGGCAGACAUUACACACCAUGCUGUCAAAAUUUAAAUCUUAAUUAAAAAAAAAAAAAAAAAAGCUUCAAAAGCAACACUUGUACAGUAGCCCAUAUGCAGCCCUUAGGUCAGCAGGUCGUGUUAUACUCAUGUAUAAAUCUCUAAUGAAGUGGUAAAGGAGGCCUGUCCUGGGUAAUGUGUACAGUAAGUGCCUUGAAAAAAGUAUUCAUACCCCUUGAACUUUUUCACAUUUUGCCACCUUACAAACACAAACUUUAGUUUUCAAAAUUUUAAGCAAAUAAAAAUCUGAAAAAUGUG